UAGGCAGGUUUCCAAAUAUCCCGUGUCGAAUGGUGUUGUGUACGAAGUGAGUGUUGUUGUUGUGGUUGGAGGGAGUCGAGGGUCACUCGACCACCAUGAGGUUGUCCUUGUUGCUCUUGCGCAGGAAAAUGCCCAAUGGGUACAUCUACGGCGGGAAGCACCGGAAAUAUCCAAAGGUUACAGAACUGGAAGUGGGAAAUGCUGUAAAGGGCCUAAAGGUUGAAGAAGAAAACAUGUUCUACUUACGGCAUCCUUACCUGACACUGGACCAGUCCUGGGGUCAUGCUCAAGCACUUGGAAAAGGUAAAGCCUUCAUAAGGAAAAUGUACGCAGCACAACAGAAGGUUAAACCUACCGUUACAUUGGAAGAGAGGUACACAACACUAAGAAAUACAGAUGUGUGGGAUUAAGAGAAUGUAAUUAUAGAAAUAACUGUAAAUAAAUUACAUAACAAAAA